GGGCUUCCGCUUCCGGUUCUGACGGACGCUUUGGCCGUAACGAUGAUCGGAGACAUCCUGCUGUUCGGGACAUUGCUGAUGAAUGCCGGGGCAGUGCUGAACUUUAAGCUGAAAAAGAAGGACACGCAGGGCUUUGGGGAGGAGUCGAGGGAGCCCAGCACAGGUGACAACAUCCGGGAAUUCUUGCUGAGCCUCAGAUACUUUCGAAUCUUCAUCGCCCUGUGGAACAUCUUCAUGAUGUUCUGCAUGAUCGUGCUGUUCGGCUCUUGAAUCCCAGCGAUGAAACCAGGAACUCACUUUCCCGGGAUGCCGAGUCUCCAUUCCUUCAUUCCUGAUGACUUCAAGAAUGUUUUUGACCAGAGAACUGACAACCUUCCAGAAAGCCCAAGCUCGUGGUGCGUGGAAAAGCGUUCGCCGAGAUAUGCAUGGCUUCCCAGCCACGUCCUUGUUUUCAAAGAUAGUGUCACUUUAGUCUGAAUUGGAAUGCUGUCUACUGAAGGGGUUUCAGGAAGGUUUAUAUAAGGGACUGUGAUGAAAUUGCAUUCCCCAUAGAUAAAAGAAAAAUCAUUUCUAUCCAGAGAUCUGAGCAGAAGGAUUGGCUUAUAAGUUUAACACAGCUGUGUUUUUGGACAUUCAGUGUUACUUGCUGAGUCUGACAGCCUUUGGGCCCAGCCAGGGUCCUGUUAACAAAUUGUUUCCACAUCCCAACAGGGUCUGCUUGGCCACUCAGAGCAGCUGCGAUUAACCCUAAGACUUGAACGAACAGGCCACCUGUAACAGGGACACCAGCCUUCCGGUAUAGAAACUAAAUUGUUAGCAAGAGCAUUGAGCUAGUUCCUGGUGAAGUGUUUCCACAGAAGACAUGUGGAGCAGUUGUGGGAAUGUUAAGAGAAAUUUUCCUCUGCCUUGACCCCUUUGUUAAAUAAAAUGACUUUGGGAGCCAUUCAUUGUACAGUUGCAAGAAUGAGAGUGAUUUUAUGAUAUGGUGACAUUGGGACCAUGUUCUAAAACCUUGGGUUUCUGAGUCUGCUUUUUGAGUAGGUGAUUUUGAGGUUGAAAAACCAGGGGCCUGCAUCUAGGAAAUACAGCAUUUUCCAGAAGCUUCUUUGAAAGGGAAUCCUGGUUUCGUUGCCAAAAUGAAACGCCCGGGGUUGGCGCUGAAUCCCACAGCUGUGUGAUUUGCUCAUUGAGUUUUUUGUUGUCUGCUUUUUUUGGUUUUGUUUGUUUAUACCAGUAAGAAUGAGCCCGAAUGUUGGUGGUUUUUGAAAUCCUGACUUGGAGGUAAACCUGGAGGAAGGAAAAAAAGUAAAUAUGCAGGCUUUUAGGACUGAGUAGCCUUGAAAAUAAACCUCAUUUCUGAAAAGGA